AUGUAAUUUAUUAAUUAUUCUAUUCAAAAUAAUCCUGAAGAUUUUAGAAAUUUUAUAAUAAAAGGUUAAAUAAAAUUUCAUUUAAUAGCAAAAAUACUAAAAGCAACACAAAAGUUUGAAGAUGCUCUUAUGAGUUUAGAUGAUGCUAUUAAAAUAAAUCCUUCAUCAUUUCAUGCCUACGAUGAAAAAUGUAAAAACAUAAUAUAAAAUCAGGCUUGACUUUAAUUUAGAUGGGGCGUUUAGAUGAAGCGCUAGAAAAUAUUGAUAUUGCUAUUUAAAAUGAACCUGAAAACUUUUUUUUAUUUAAUAAUAAAGGUAUCAAAGUAAUUUAUUCAAUAGCAUUUAUUUUACACUGUUAGGGACAUUUUGAAUAAGCAAUUUCCAAUUUGGAACAUGCCAUACAAUUAUGUCCUGAAAUUUCUAUCUUUUAGAAAAAUAAAUGUAAAUAAAUUUAUUAUUCCAUAGAAUAUUUAGAAUAAUAAUAAUGCACACCUAACAGUGAGCAGUUAAUUUUAGAAAAUUUAUAAUUGUUAAUAAAUAAAUCAUGUUAAACAAUUUAACACAUCUAACCUAUCGAAUAAUUUUAGUUUGAAAUCCUUGAUCAAUCUAAAUACUCUUUAGGUUCUUAAUUUUUACAUUUAGGACACAAAUGA